AUGGCAGGGAUCAGCUUGGAAGGAAUCAAGAACGAGAGCAUCGAUCUUGAAAGAAUACCGGUUCAGGAGGUAUUCGUGCAGCUAAAAUGUACAAGAGAGGGAUUGACAAGUGAAGAAGGGCAGCAGAGGCUCAGUAUCUUUGGUCAAAACAAGCUAGAGGAGAAAAAGGAAAGUAAGUUUCUUAAAUUCUUGGGUUUUAUGUGGAAUCCUUUGUCAUGGGUUAUGGAGUGUGCUGCCAUCAUGGCCAUUGCUUUGGCAAAUGGAGGGGGUGAGCCACCAGAUUGGCAAGAUUUUGUUGGUAUAAUGACAUUGCUUGUCAUUAACUCUACUAUAAGCUUUGUAGAAGAAAACAAUGCAGGAAAUGCCGCUGCAGCGCUAAUGGCAGGUCUUGCCCCGAAGACCAAGGUGCUGAGAGAUGGAAGAUGGGCUGAGCAGGAAGCAGCGAUUCUUGUACCAGGGGAUGUAAUCAGCAUCAAGUUGGGAGACAUCGUACCAGCAGACGCUCGUCUCUUGGAAGGAGAUCCGCUGAAGAUUGAUCAAUCUGCCCUCACAGGAGAAUCAUUGCCCGUAACGAAGAACCCAGGUGAUGAAGUUUUUUCAGGCUCAACCUGCAAACAAGGAGAAAUCGAGGCAGUGGUUAUUGCCACUGGAGUCCAUACCUUCUUUGGGAAAGCUGCUCACCUUGUUGACAGCACAAACCAAGUUGGGCACUUCCAAAAGGUGUUGACGGCCAUUGGUAACUUCUGUAUAUGCUCCAUUGCGGUGGGAAUCAUAAUAGAGCUAGUGGUGAUGUUCCCAAUUCAGCACCGCAAGUACAGGAACGGGAUCGAUAAUCUGCUGGUUCUUCUAAUUGGAGGUAUUCCAAUUGCCAUGCCAACGGUACUGUCGGUGACAAUGGCUAUUGGAUCUCACCGGCUGUCCCAGCAAGGUGCUAUCACGAAGAGGAUGACUGCUAUAGAAGAAAUGGCUGGAAUGGAUGUCCUUUGUAGUGACAAGACCGGCACUCUCACCUUGAACAAGCUAUCAGUUGAUAGAAACCUCAUUGAGGUAUAUGCAAAGGAUGUGGACAAGGAAAUGGUAAUACUGCUCGGGGCAAGGGCUUCUAGGGUGGAGAAUCAAGAUGCUAUUGAUGCUUGUAUUGUUGGAAUGCUGGCUGAUCCCAAGGAGGCCAGAGCAGGGAUCACAGAGGUGCAUUUCCUGCCUUUUAACCCAGUGGACAAGCGCACAGCCAUAACGUACAUCGACUCCAGUGGCAAUUGGCACCGAGUUAGCAAAGGUGCACCUGAGCAGAUCGUCGAUCUCUGCAAUGUUAAGGAAGAAAUGAGGAAGAAAGUUCAUGCCAUCAUUGACAAAUUUGCUGAACGCGGUCUUCGCUCUCUUGCUGUUGCUCAACAGACGGUGCCAGAAAAGAGCAAGGAGAGCGCAGGAGAGCCAUGGAUCUUUGUUGGUCUCUUGCCUCUUUUUGAUCCUCCAAGGCAUGAUAGUUCAGAGACCAUUAAGCGUGCCCUCCACCUUGGUGUCAAUGUGAAGAUGAUCACUGGUGAUCAGCUUGCCAUUGCCAAGGAGACUGGUCGCAGGCUUGGCAUGGGAACUAACAUGUAUCCCUCAUCUUCCCUUCUCGGUCAGCACAAGGAUGAGAGUAUAGCUAACCUCCCAGUUGAGGAGCUCAUCGAGAAGGCUGAUGGCUUUGCUGGUGUUUUCCCUGAGCACAAGUAUGAGAUUGUGAAAAAGCUGCAAGAGAGGAAGCAUAUCUGUGGGAUGACUGGAGAUGGUGUGAAUGAUGCCCCGGCUUUAAAGAAGGCAGACAUUGGCAUUGCAGUAGCUGAUGCAACUGAUGCAGCCAGAGGCGCAUCAGACAUAGUCCUCACAGAGCCUGGACUUAGUGUUAUCGUAAGUGCGGUCUUGACAAGCAGAGCAAUCUUUCAGAGGAUGAAGAAUUACACCAUCUAUGCGGUUUCCAUCACAAUCCGUAUUGUGUUGGGUUUCAUGCUCCUGGCAUUAAUAUGGAAGUUUGAUUUCUCACCUUUCAUGGUUCUGAUCAUUGCUGUUCUCAAUGAUGGAACCAUUAUGACCAUUUCUAAAGACAAAGUGAGGCCAUCACCCAUGCCUGACUCAUGGAAGCUGAAGGAGAUUUUUGCCACUGGCAUUGUCCUUGGUGCUUACCUAGCUGUGAUGACUGUGGUAUUCUUCUGGGCUGCAAAUGAAUCCGAUUUCUUCUCUGACAAAUUCGGUGUAAGAUCGAUUAGGAACAAUGAUAGAGAGCUUACAGCAGCCGUCUACCUUCAGGUCAGCAUCGUGAGUCAGGCACUUAUCUUUGUUACUCGAUCCAGGAGCUGGUCCUUCAUAGAACGUCCUGGUCUAAUGCUUGUGGGUGCCUUUAUACUUGCACAGCUGAUUGCUACAUUUAUUGCUGUCUAUGCCAAUUGGGGCUUCGCUAGAAUACAUGGAAUAGGUUGGGGAUGGGCCGGCGUUAUUUGGAUCUAUAGUAUCAUCUUCUACAUCCCCCUGGAUAUUUUUAAGUUCGCCAUCCGGUAUGCAUUGAGUGGCAGGGCAUGGAAUAAUCUGCUCGAGAAUAAGACUGCUUUUACAAGCAAAAAGGAUUAUGGUCGGGGAGAGAGAGAGGCACAAUGGGCUUUGGCACAACGAACGCUACAUGGCCUCCAACCUCCAGAUACCUCACAACUCUUCAAUGACAAAAACAACUAUGGGGAGUCAUCUGACAUGGCUGAACAGGCAAAGAGACGGGCUGAAGUCGCGAGGCUGAGGGAGCUUCAUACACUCAAGGGGCAUGUUGAAUCAGUGGUGAAGCUCAAGGGUCUGGACAUUGAGACCAUUCAACAACACUACACAGUUUAA